UUCAUCUUGCGGGAGUCUCCACUGUGCGCGCGGAUUACAACUCAUCUAAAAAGUGGUGACUUGGACAUGACAGACUCCCACAAAUAUAAAACAACAGUUAGGAAAGGGUGGUCUCGUGAUGAAGUGUGAUGAAUAAUGACAGCUUUGCCAAAACUACUCAUGCGUCCAAAGAAACUGGUGCGCGCAAUGACAUGCUGAUUAUGGAGAGAAGACGUGCGGUGGUAACAGGUGGCACUUUGUGAUUGCAGGGUGUUUUUCAGCCUUUGUGUCAGCUCCAGUUUUAGAGGGAGAGACUUGGCAGCUGUAUGCUCUCAACAGCAGUGGAGGAAUGUGCGAAGUGUUCAUGUCCCAAAGGAAAAACAUCAUGGAGACAGACUUGAGAAGGAAACCGCUGUUCAUAAACUUUCCACGUGAGCAAUGUGACCAACCAUAACCAACCAAAAAAUAGGCUACAAAGUGAAGACAAGCUCCGAUGAAUGGACGGCAGGAUGUUUUCCGGUCAGGCUGGUCUGAAUUACAGCUUCAACCUGAGCGAUGACCGGGAGCUGGUGGACGCGCCGGCGGGCAGAGGGAAGCUCUCCCCGACGGGCUUCGUAGUGCUGUCCGUGGUGCUGGGCUUCAUCAUGACCUUUGGCUUCCUCAACAACUUCAUUGUGCUGCUUCUGUUUUGCAAAUUCAAGAAGCUGCGUACGCCGGUGAACAUGCUGCUGCUCAACAUCAGUGUGAGUGACAUGCUGGUGUGUAUGUUCGGCACCACGCUCAGUUUCGCCUCCAGUAUCCGGGGGAGGUGGCUGCUGGGGCGCAGCGGCUGCAGCUGGUACGGCUUCAUCAACUCCUGCUUCGGUAUUGUGUCACUGAUCUCUCUGGUGAUCCUCUCCUACGACCGCUACAGCACUCUGACUGUAUACAACAAGCGUGGACCAGACUAUCGCAAGCCCCUGCUGGCUGUCGGGGGCUCUUGGCUAUACUCCUUGUUCUGGACAGUGCCCCCUCUGCUGGGCUGGAGCAGCUACGGCAUAGAGGGGGCAGGAACCAGCUGCUCUGUGUCCUGGACGGUUCAGACAGCCCAGUCGCAUGCUUACAUCAUCUGCCUCUUCAUUUUCUGCCUGGGUCUACCCAUCAUAGUGAUGAUCUACUGCUACUCCAGGCUGUUAUGGGCAGUCAAACAGGUGGGUAAGAUCCGAAAGACUGCAGCGAGGAGGAGAGAGUUCCACAUACUGUUCAUGGUUCUGACCACAGCGGCCUGCUACAUGCUGUGCUGGAUGCCUUACGGUAUCGUGGCCAUGAUGGCGACGUUCGGCCCGCCCAACAUCAUUAGCCCAGUGGCCAGCGUGGUGCCAUCACUACUGGCCAAGAGCAGCACUGUCAUCAACCCGCUCAUCUAUAUACUCAUGAACAAACAGUUCUACAGGUGUUUCCUGAUUCUGUUUCACUGCGAUCACUGGUCAGCGGAGAACGGCAACACCUCCAUGCCCUCCAAGACCACCGUAAUCCAGCUGAACCGCAGAGUCUACAGCAACACGGUAGCCUGCACCGCCCAGAUCUCCCCCGCCAACCAGUGUUGCAGCACCUCAGCCACCAAGCACACAACCCCCCCAAAGUCACUACCUGAGGCUGAAUUAACAACGUGACCAGACAGGAAACUCAAGUCGUGAUGAAGCAGUGAUUGCUCAGCUUCACAGCUACACUUACAAUGUGAACUGCCAUUGAAUGUGAACUAAAGCAUGAUGCAUUUAGAAAGUAAAUGUACAUUAUAUGUGAGUUUGUGUUUGUCCUUGAGCUUUUGAAAUGUACAAGACACAACAGAACUAAAUGUCUGGUGGCACAGAUAUUUUAUAUGGCCAAAUGUAUGUGGACACUUGAACCUUUAUGCCAUUGUGGAACAUCUCAUUCCUAAACCAUGAACAGCAGUUCAGCAGCAGCUACUAUAACAGUGUCCACGUAUCUGGGAAGAUUCUACAAGAUUUUGCUCCUAUUUGGCUGCAAAGCAAGUUCCAGCACUGAAGGUGGGUGAUAAUACCUUGCUCAGAUUCGGCUCCCAAUUCAUCCCAAAGGAUGUUUCAAGGGUUUAGGUCAGAGCUCUCUGCACCAAGUCCCGAAAACCAUUUCUCUAAGAUUCUUGCCUUGUGAACAAGGAAUAUGUAAUGUAAAGGAUGCUCUCGGAAAAAUGCAAAAUAACGUCUAAAAUAUUGUUGUGUGUACAAAGGAAAGACUGCAAACAAGACGAAAAGUACACAACAAUAUUCAGACAUCUACUUUUGGCCAUAUAGAGUGCUUAACCCUUGUUUAUAGGUCUAUCCAUCCAGGAAAUACUAUUGUUUAAAUAGUCAUUGUUUGAUCAAUUCCAAAUUGUAAUAAUUGAUAUUAAAAGGUUUAAUCAAUGUUGUUCAAAGCACAUUUUCUCUUAUUUACAAUGGAACCAAGGUGGAAAUGUUUUGGGAAAUAUCUUCAAAUCUGUAAGGGUGCUUUCACACCUGUCUUGUUUGGUUCGGUUCAAUCGGACACAAGUUCGUUUGCUGCCUAGGUGCGGUUCGUUUCGAUGGGUGUGAACACAGCAAUUGCACUUGGGUGCACACCAAAACAACGGGAUGGAAAUCUUCUUGAUGAGGUGGUCUCGGUCCGGUUACAAAAGAAUUAUUUCGGAAUAUUAAUGUGCACCUCCUCCUGUGC